CACAAACAUGAACGUCUUGAGUAAUCCAACAAUUUACAUUUGUGUCUAUCGCGCGAACAGUGCAAGCGUCAAUUUUAUAUUUUGUUACUAAAUACAAUUGUUAGAGUUUCGAGAGAGAAUAAUAAUGUUUCCGCAAAGUUCACAGAGACGUUAUUGGAUGUUUAGUGAUGAAAAUGAUUUAACUGAGUUAAGGGAGAAAACAAACGCUGAGUUCAUUCAAAGGCACGGUGUGAAUAUGACGGCAGAGGAAAGGGAGGAACAUUUUUUGUCUCAUACAGAAGAACGUACACUACUUCGUUUUUAUGAAUUACAAUUAAGGGAUUUCUGUCGUCGCUUUACUCCUACAAUGCCACGUGCUACUGUAGCAACUGCAUUGCAUUAUUUCAAAAGGUUCUAUCUUAGGAACAGUGUUAUGGACUAUCAUCCCAAAGAAAUUUUAGUCACAUGCGUUUACUUGGCUUGUAAGGUAGAAGAAUUUAACGUUUCUAUAUAUCAGUUCGUUGCUAACAUAAAAGGUGACAGAGAAAAGGCAUCUGAUAUUAUACUUAAUAAUGAGUUGCUGCUUAUGCAACAGUUAAAUUAUAAUUUAACAGUGCAUAAUCCAUUUAGACCUGUGGAAGGAUUGAUGAUAGAUAUCAAGACGAGAUAUACCUCUUUAGAAAAUCCAGAAAGAUUGAGGCCAUACAUUGAUGAAUUUUUGGAGAGAGUAUUUCUGACUGAUAGCGUUUUGUUAUAUGCUCCAAGCCAAGUUGCGCUGGCUGCAACAUUGCAUGCUGCAUCUAGAGCCUCUGCAAAUCUGGACAAUUACGUAACUGAUAUCUUGUUCUCUAAAGAGCAUUUAGGAUGCAUAAUUGAAGCAGUGAGAAAAAUAAGGUCUAUGGCUAAAUGUGUAGAAUCUCCUUCAAGGGAAGUGGUAAGGGCUUUGGAAAAGAAGCUAGAAAAAUGUAGAAAUCAGGAAAACAAUCCUGAUAGUGAAAUCUACAAACAGAGAAUGCAAGAAAUGUUGGACGAGGAAGAUUUACAAGAUAAUGAAAAAUAUGCUAAAAUUCUACAGGAUCAAGCAGCGCAUGAUGACAAAAUUUUAGGUAUUAAUAAAAUUCUAUCUCCGCCAGUUUAGAAAUAAAUACAUUCUCAGUUCUAUUAAA